AUGCAAGAUACAGAAUAUUUUGACGACUUAGCAGAAACUUUGACAUCUGACUUUUACAACCACUUGUUCUCAUAUUUCAUGACAUUAGAUAUUUCUAAGUUCAAUCCAAGACAAAUUCCACAUACCGAAGAGAGACAAACAUUGUUAGAAGCAAACAAGAGUGUAUAUGAACUGUUCAUAGAAGAAAGCGACUUUGAGUGUUUAGAUGAAAAGUCUUUAUAUGAUGAAUAUAAACAAUAUUGUCAAGAAUAUGGUUAUAUGGCAGCUUCUAAACGAACAUUCUUGGCAAAUGUCAAAAGUCUUUUAGACGUACAGAAUGGUGUAUAUACAAAGAAAAAUUUUUCUGAGUAA